AGUAUUUCAAAAAAACUUUGUAUGGUUGUGAACGCAGAAAGACAAAUCAUUUUUUGAUCCCUUUUGAUUUUUUUUUCAUGAAUCACACAUAUGAUUUUUGUCAAUCUAAAAUAUAACUUGGUCUUGGAAAAAAGUCUUGGAAGAAAGUCUGGUUUGUCAGAAAACGUAUAAAAUACACGACCGUGAAAAAAGGUAAAAAAUUACACAGCCAACAAUCGCCUUAGUGAAGUAGUCUCUUUUCUCACUGAGAAAAGCGAGACUAAGGCCAUAUUUAUUUUGAUUUUCAUCCUUUUUAGUACAUUUUUUGUAUUGAGUUGGCCACCAUGUUACUGUUGGUGACGCAUGUUGAGAAAGGCGAUAUAGUUCAUUAAGAGUUUAAGACUAAAUGAGAAGGUAUUUACUAAUUGACUGACUGUACUGACUGACUGACUAACUGUGCCUUUCUUAGACUUGGAAAAUGAUCUUUUAAAUUAACUAACAGCAUAUGUCUUAUUCAACGAUCAGUUCAUGUGAGAUCAAAAAAAUGACUCUCUUCAUUUACUACCAUAAAAAGUUUUUCUGAAAUAAAAGGUCUCAUGGUCCACCGGAAGGGGCGUGACUUCAGCUCUAUUAUUUCAUAAUUCUGAACUGUUUUUUUUUUAAAAAAUGUUUAUAAUUUAUUGUGCGUAACUGGAUCCAUUAUUUUGUUUGGCUCUCCCUGGCACUACCAGGUUUCCAUACAUUCUCCACUUACACCAAUCAUAACAAUAGGAGUGGGCGGGGCCACGUCAGGUUAGGUUGUCACUCUCAUUGGGUAAAUAACAAACCACCCACUUAUUUUGUAGCCUACUGUAGGGGUGUCACGAGAAGUUUAACGCUAGCGAAGGUCCACGAAAAUGACACAGAGGUGAAUAGAGAUGACACAGACGAGCCAAAUGAAAACAACUUCGCCGGAGGGUUUCUGGUGAGAAACGGACGCUUACUUGUGUGAGCUCUAGGCUCCUACUUGUCAGCCCACCUGCACUCGGGGUGGCUCGUCUUAUAGAGAAACCGCUGUGGCGGCUAGCGAAGAUCGUUAGCCGCUAACUACCACAGCUAGCGAGCUAACUAGCCGCUUCGCCCGAGUGAAGAGUUCAAGUGGCGGCGUGUGAUGCUAACGACGCCGAGGCUACUGUUGGAGGGUUGGUGAGGUGGAUAAAUCCUCGGGAGGGAUUAUUUGCCACCGGAGCUGGCGUUAUCAACGCCGGUGCCAGCUACACUGCUGUGUUCCCCUUGCACUCUGCUUAUUGUUGGCUGAUCGUCCUGACUGCACAGCGCCGAGUCCACGCAUGCUAGCAACCUCUGCAGCCAUCUACAGUGAUGUGUCACAUUAGCUAACGAACCUAUCACAGUUUUCGUUUUCGGACUGUUUGUACGUGGAUGCUGUCACUGGUACGAGCUUUGGGAGACCGACGGAGUAGUAUCAUCCCACCGUGAAAGCGUGUAUAUCAAACUGUACUUUCAUGUCGUAUCACACGACUGCUAGUAGUCCCUCCAGAAGAACCGGACGCGGAGCAUGCAGGAGAAGAAAAGAUUUCAGAUAAGUAGAUAGGGGACGUCGGACACAAGCGAGUUUAAUUGGGACUGUGUGGUUGAUUAACCACCGAACAGGGGAUCGCAUUCGGUGGCCGGACUGUCUGAGAAAGUGAAGGAUGAAGAAGUUUUCCAGAAUGCCAAAGUCCGAGAGCGGCGGACUCGGAGGGGCGUCCGGGUCGGGCUCCAGCUCCGGAGUCAGCAGCUACUUCGGGAAAGUGUUCGCCGUCGGCCGGUAUCAAGUCACCGUGGAGGAGCUUGUGGCAGAGGGAGGCUUCUCAGUGGUGUUUCUGGCUCGUACGCACAGCGGUGUCCGCUGUGCUCUUAAAAGGAUGUACGUCAACAACGUCCCAGAUCUAAAUGUCUACAAGAGAGAGAUCACUAUCAUGAAGGAGCUGUCAGGCCAUAAGAACAUCGUUGGAUACUUGGACUCCACAAUCAAUGCAGUGUCGGACAGUGUCUGGGAGGUCCUGAUCCUCAUGGAGUACUGUAAAGCGGGUCAGGUGGUGAAGCAGAUGAACCAGCGGUUGAAUGUGGGCUUCAGUGAGUCUGAAGUCCUCCACAUCUUCUGUGACGCCUGUGAGGCAGUGGCCCGCCUGCACCAAUGCAAGACACCCAUCAUCCACAGAGACCUCAAGGUUGAGAACAUUCUUCUAAACGACCAGGGAAAUUAUGUGCUGUGUGACUUCGGCAGUGCCACUCACAAGGUUUUGCAGCCACAUAAAGACGGAGUGGCUGCCGUGGAGGACGAAAUUAAGAAGUACACGACCGUUUCAUAUCGAUCGCCGGAGAUGAUUAACUUGUAUGCAGGGAAAGCCAUCACCACUAAGGCUGAUAUCUGGGCACUUGGAUGCUUGUUGUACAAGCUGUGUUUCUUCGCACUUCCAUUUGGGGAGAGUCAAGUUGCCAUAUGUGACGGAACCUUUAUCGUUCCAGAUAACUCCAAAUUCUCCUUCAAGUUGCACUGCUUAAUCAGAUAUAUGCUCGAACCAGACCAGGAGAAGAGACCAGACAUUUACCAAGUGUCCUACUUUGCCUUCAAAUUAGCUGGAAAAGACUGUCCAGUGCAAAAUCUCUUUAACUCUCCCAUCCCUACGUCGCUCCCAGAGCCUCUAACAGCCAGUGAGGUCGCUGCUAAGAAAAGUAUGACAAAAGCCAGGAUAACAGAUUCUGUGGGACCGACAGAAACAUCAAUAGCUCCCAGACAGAGGCCAAAAGCGGCAAACAGUAACGUCCUGCCUCUCGCCACUGUCACCCCUGUCAAGAUGACCAUGCCUUCAGCACCCAUCAGCAAUGGCCAGAAAGCUCCCACCCCUGGCUCCGUGCAGCCUUCCAUUCAGGCCCAGCCCAGCAGUCAGCAACACCGAGUCCUGCAGCAGCUACAGCCUGGUGACCUGCGUCUACAACAGCUACAGCAGCAACAGCAUCAACAGCAUCACCACCACCAACAACUACAAGCAGUGCAACAACAACAUAUAAAUGCACAGCAACUCCAAUACCUCCAGUAUCAACAAGCUGUGCAGCAGUCCCUCCAGCUUCAGCAGCAGCAGCAGCAGCAGCAACAGCAGCAGCAGCAGCAGCAGCAGCAGCAGCAGCAAGCCCUCCUCCAACAGCAGCAGCAGCAGCAGCAGAUGAUGAUGCAGCCAAUGUAUCAGCAGCAGGUUGCACAGGCUCAGGCUCAGGCUCAUUACGCAGCCAUGCUGCACCAGUACCAACAGGCUUUUGUCAGGCAGCAGCAGCAGCAGCAACAACAACAACAGCAGCAUCAUCAUCAACAUCAGCAACAUCAGCAGCAGCAGCAGCAGCAUCAUCCCGCUCAGCAGCCUCUCCCCUAUAUGUCCUCCCCUCUUGAGUUCCAGAUUCCACCGUGUUCCUAUAAUGUGACCACACCCACUGCUGGAACUGGAGCUGUACCUGCUCAGAUCGGGGGACCAUCCCCUGUGGAUCCCUCAUACACUAACACGAGAAACCCGCUGCUUGCUUCAGAUGGGAUCACGCCACCCUCUCAGAGCUGCAACAUUACAUUCAGCAACCCCCCUGACAUGUCGGGCUGGAACCCUUUUGGAGAGGACAACUUCUCCAAGUUGACUGAGGAGGAGCUGCUCGACCGGGAAUUUGACAUGCUCAGAGCAAAAAAGCCAGUGGAGAGAACAGCCAGCGUGGAAGCUGACCGAGCACAGCUUGCUGCCUCCACUGCCAAGCCCCUCCCACCAGAGGACCUGUUCGGCUCAGUCCCAUUUGUGGCCAGCGCAGGUACUGAUGUGAGAAACACCGAGCAGACCACUGAGGAGCUCAUUGUUCCUGACCCUGCAUCAACUGCUGCAGAGGAUCUGCAGCUAGCAUCAGUCAAAGAGCCCAAACCAGGCAAAAAGAGCAAUAACAGACCAGGUGAAGAGUCUGAAAGUGACUUUGAGUCUGAUCCUCCUUCGCCGAAAAGCAGCGAGGACGAAGAGCCGGAGGAGGAAGAAGGCCUGAACAGUGAGCACGGUGAUGACACUGAGCCAGAGAAUUUAGGACAGAGGCCUCUGCUGAUGGACUCUGAAGAAGAAGGAGAGGAGGACGAAGACAAGCACAGCUCUGACUCGGACUACGAUCCCAGCAGGGUCAAGAGUCGCUCGAAGAAGUCUCUUGCUGCUAAAGCAGCUGCCAGGAGGAGUCCCCGGGAGGAUUCUGGCAUGACUCUGAUAACUCCGCCAGAGUCACCCAGUAAAGUGAGAGCUGCUCCAGCUGUGGAUGAUGUGGAUGUUUUUGGUGCCGUUCCUUUCCUUGGAGGGGCCUCGCCUGUCCAGCCGCCUCCAGAAAGCACAGACAUCUUUGCCAAAGCGCCUUUCAGGCAAGUCAGCCAUGAGGAGAAAGCUGCAGAUGAGUUCGAUGUUUUUACCAAAGCGCCAUUCAGCCGGAACCUCUCAAAGCCGGGCAAGAGCGGCAGUGACGUUCCCAUGGGCCAAACACCGCCCGUUUCCCCUGAGGGCAUCGACAUCUUUGGCUUCUCUCCCUUCCAGCCAGGCCCCACCGAACCACCUCCCACCACCUCUAGAAGUGCAGAGGAUAUCUUCCGGACGUCUUAUGAGGAGUCAGCCAGCCCUCAGCAACAGAGACUAAAGCAGCGCAGCCUCCAGAAGCUGUCGUCACGCCAGAGAAAAACCAAGCAGGAGGCCUCGGCGUGCGGCAGCAACGGCAAACGGCACCACGGUACACCGACCGGAGGCCGAAAGACCAACAAGCCAACCUACCGCACACCUGAGCGAGUCCGCAGGCACAAGAAGGUUGGGAGGAGGGACUCGCAGAGCAGCAACGAGUUCCUUAGCACCUCCGAUUCUAAAGAGAACAUCAGCGUUGAUAUAACCAUGGCGGAAGGGAAAGACAAAGGAGCAUCUCUGCCGGUAGAAGAGGCUCUUUUAGACCCGUUUGGAGCCAAACCCUUCCAUCCUCCAGACGGCAGCCGGCACGGUCAGUAUCAAGGACUCGCUGAUAGCAAGAGCGACAUGAGCACAGCCAAUGGCAAGUCCUGGACGGGUUCUCUUCACAGUGCUCUCGGAGAAAGCAGAAUCAUGGAUGAUUUCGGGGCGGUGCCCUUCACAGAAAUGGUUGUCCACAGUGGACCUCAGUCACCACCGCAGCCACCACCGCCCUCACAGCCGCUGGAGCUCGACCCGUUCGGAGCUGCUCCUUUUCCCUCGAAGCAGUGACUUUUGUUGCAUCUUCCCACUUUGCCAUUUGCUGUCGAAUAACCCUCAAGCAUUUUGCUUUUUUUUUUUUUUUUGUGGCUUGGAACCAAUCAUGAAACGACAAGCUAACAAUGUCCUAACUCUUAUUUUUUUUUUUUAAAGAACCUUUUAAUACACCUAAAUCCUGUGGAGUGCGAGUGAUGUUUCCACAUAUCUUUCAGCUGUAUCUGUUUGCUGAGAAGCCUUUAAUGCUGCAACGCUUGUAAAAGAAAAAAACUGGGAGAAAUGGAAAACCCACUCGAAAAAUUGUAAUGUGAUUUUAAGCUUAGCGUUUGACCGCGUGACUUGCUGCAACAAGCUCUAUGGCCUGCCUUCUGAUCUGCCAAUGUUUUUUUUUUUUUUUUUUCUUAGCACCACAAAGCCUUACCUGAGCUGGGCUCUGCCUUGCUGCACAGUACCUCAGGAAACCACGGCACAAUCGGCCUGCGUCGGCCUUUCGUGCCGUGGAAUUGUUUGGGAGUCGACCUUAAACACUUUGUUUUGUCCUUAUUAGACCUUCUCUAUGCAUAAUUUCACAGUAGUCUUUCCGCAGCCAAACGUGACUGUCAAUUAUGUUGCAUUACACUUUGAGUACUAGAAGGGAUCAGUUUCUGUAGUUCUUCCUUUAAAGGAGAUUGAGUUGUUAAAUUCGGUCAAGUUGAAAUUUAGGCUCUUAACUGUUCUUGUUUUGCUCUAGCAGUAAACUCUUUGUAAGUAUUGUUAACUUUCUUUUGUAUUAAGUUACAGCUCAGCACAUUCUCUUAGAAAUAAGGACGAAAUAAAACGCAAAGCCACAUUAGAUCACUCGUCUGGGUUUGUGUUUACAGAAGCCCCACAAGCCUGUAGCCCUCAUUUCUGAGCUCCUAAAAUUAGCCGUCAGAAAAGUCUCAGAAUAAUUAAUAUUUAAAAAUAAAUGGGAAUUGCAGCUCCAGUUAAAGGAUAAGGCUGGCGGUAUUCCGUAUAUUUUAUUAUUGUCAACAAAACCCCAGAGUGCGCCCAGCAGUGUUGGGCCCUCUCUCAGUACUGUAUGAUUUCCCCUCCCUGCCUGGGGCUCUCAGCCUCGGGCCCACUGGUUCCUACUGAAGCCGUAAAUCUUUAAAGGAACAGUUUGACAUUUUGUGAAACAUAAUAAUUCACUUCAUAGUUGGGAGAUGGGUUGGUUGAAGGCUGGGAAACAGCCCUGUUUUGUCAGACUGUACCAAAACAAUCAUGCCAGGAAGUCACUGUGCUCGGACAAGAAAUAGUUUAACUCACAAUCCACUCUGAAGCCACUACAACAAACAAUAUUUAAUACAUUUUUUACCUUUGGACAGAGCCAGGCUUGCUUUUUUCCCCCUGCUCAUGGUCCUUACGCUUGGUUAAACACAACUGCCUGCUUGUCUAAGGCCUCAUACCUAAAGGGUAGAUGUGAGACAGGUAUCUAUCUUUUUUUUUAAACUCUUAGCAACAACAUGUAUAUGUUUUUUUUUUCUCCCCAAAAUGUCAAACUAUUCUUUUGAAAACAGAUGACAGAUACAUAUUUUAACUAAACAAAACAAAGAGGCUUGGUAGUUUCUUGGUAGCAUCUGGUCACUUUAGUUUUCAUCAAUCAUUGACCCAAACCACAGCAAAAAGUUCUUUCCUUGGGGACUAUUUUCAGCUGCGGAUUUAUCCACAUUUCGUGCCUUAACAAGCAUUUCUUGCAGCAGAUGAGUGUCGAACUGAGUUGCUUUAGACUUCACUGUGUGUGUUCAAUGCCAAUGUCAAACAGUGCAACAGAGCGGCUCAUCCAUGCGUUUAUAAUAGUUUAUGGCCAAAAAUGCAGUUGCAGUUUUUCCUUUGUGGCACUGAGGAAUAAGAUUAUCAGCCUUCAGUACACAAUAUACUUAUCCAUAGGAUCAGUCUGUAAUCAGUUUUGGUCUUCUCCAUGUUAACUGUUGACAAUAACAACUAUAAAUAUGGAUUAUCACCAGUUUUACUCUUCAACACGUGUCUUUCCACCGCAGAAUGGGAACUGACGUGUUCAUAAAGGGAAAAACCAUUGAAGGAGAAAUCUGUGAUAUGAAAUCAGGUCAUUUGUCUUCAUGAACCCAUUUCUCAGCGCUGAACUCUUCCAUGAACCAGUUCUCUGUGUGCUCUACAUGGACCGCCUCAAGCACUGCAUAUACCUACACAACCAUUGGCACAUUUGUUUGAAUUCAACCUGCAAGUUUUUGUGUUUUCACCAGUGGAACCAUUUGAUACAACUACUUUCCAUCUUUUUUUCACAAGGGUAAACCUUAUAUUGUAUUUAUCAUACUAUACUGCUGUUUGAUGCAAUAAAAAAAUGUCAUCUCCGUGA